AGAGCAUGUUUGCCUCACAAACUCGCGUCCCUCUCCAGACAUUCUCCUCCUCUUCUUCGCCAUGGAAAACUAAGGGAGCCAAAAAAGAGAGAGAGAGAGAGAGAGGAAAAGCUUCGAAUCCAACUGCGCAAUUGGUUAUGGCGUUUCUUCUGCCAAAUCUAUCUCCUCCCCUUCUUCUCCAGACCGGAAAACCCCUCAAAGAAAAACCCAUAUUCAAUCAACCUCCAUCAUCUUCUUCGUCGUCGUCUUCAUCCACUUGCCUCGAUUUUGAUGUGGAAAGCUUCUCUGUACUCUCUCUCUCUAGCGUUCAGGCUCCUCCUCCUCUUCAAGCCGCGCAGGUUAGCACGAAGCCCAGUGCGCAGGAUAAGUACCACCAUAGCAGAGACGAGUUCUACGUUAACCUUGGAGUCGCUGUACGGACGCUCCGCGAGGAUUUGCCUUUGAUCUUCACCAAGGAUCUCAAUUACGACAUCUACAGGGAUGACAUAACAUUUGCGGAUCCACUGAACACAUUCACGGGGAUUGAGAACUACAAGUUGAUCUUCUGGGCACUUAGAUUUCAUGGGAGGGUAUUGUUCAGAGAGAUUUCCCUGGAGAUAUUGAGAGUGUGGCAACCAUCAGAGAACAUGAUCCUCAUAAGGUGGAACCUGAGGGGUAUCCCUAGGGUUCCAUGGGAGGCAAAAGGGGAGUUUCAAGGCACUUCCCGUUACAAGCUCGAUCGAAAUGGCAAAAUUUACGAGCACAGAGUCGAUAACUUGGUCCUCAACUUCCCUCAACAGCUCAAACCUGCAGUCUCUGUUUUGGAUUUGGUGGUCACCUCCCCCGCAAGCCCCAAUCCUACAUUCUUAUUCGGCCCCGUGGACACAUACUCGUCUUCGUGGGUUGAGUUCUAUCAGGAAGUUAGACAGACAUUGGACCGGAGAAGCAGUAUGCCUUUGCAAGACAGUUUAGUCGCAUGCUCGUAGCUGCUGGAUUGGGUUGCAACACACCUCAACGCACUUUAGGUAUAUAUAUGUAUGUAUAUAGUAGUGUUUUGGUGAAGGUGGUUAUAUAUACAUAUAUACAGGCAGGCAAACGGGUUGAGUAGAUGUGGUUGAACUAGCGGGUAGAAACUUGUAUAUGCAUGUGCAACUGGAUCUUUCAAGAUCAUAUAAGGUGUGACACCUGAGAGUAUACAAGCACAUUUUGGUUUC